AGGCUUUUCGAAGUGACCCAGUGAGAUGCAUCAUAUGAGAUGAGCAGAACUAGCAGAUCCACCCACAAUCAGCUGAACAGGAUUUCAGCUGCCACUAAACCCAUUGUCAGAGGAUGGUAUGAGCAUCUCUCAUCAUCAUUGCUCAUAUGCACUGCAUCUGGUGUACAUGCAGCCCAAGAAUAAUGGAAGACGAGGAAGUUUCUUACAGUUGCAUGCCCACCACCGUUAAAUGUAUGAUGUGGAGACUUUAUUACCAGUCCUAUCCAGCAGUAGUCACAUAAUGGCAUGUAGAGGCGCGUGCUGCUGUGGUCCUGUGAAUGAAGAUAAUGCGAGGUUCAUAAUGUUGCUGCUCCUCAUCAUCCUCUACCUCCUGUGCGGAGCCGCGGUCUUUUCAGCCCUGGAGCAUCCCAAGGAGAAGCAGGCGAAGGAAAAGUGGGCUCAGAGGUUUGAGCUUUUCAGCCAAAAGUACAAUCUCAACAAAAGUGAUCUGGAGAAGUUCUUGAGACAUUAUGAAGAGGCGAACAUGGCAGGAAUACGGGUGGACACCCUCAGACCACGCUGGGAUUUUACCGGAGCCUUUUACUUUGUCGGUACUGUCGUUUCCACCAUCGGGUUUGGAAUGACCACACCAGCCACAGUCGGUGGCAAAAUCUUCCUGAUCUUUUAUGGUCUCAUUGGCUGCGCAGCCACCAUUUUAUUUUUCAAUCUUUUCUUGGAGAGAAUAAUAACAGUGUUGGCUUUUGUUCUCAAAUCCUGCCAUGAAGUCCAACGGCGUCGCAAAGGAGUUUUACCUCACGACAGCAGACAAGACUCGAGAGACACGAGGCUAAACCGUGAAGACAGCCUUGCAGGAUGGAAGCCCUCGGUGUAUUGUGUGAUGUUGAUCCUUUGUGUGGCAGCAAUAAUCAUUUCUUGUUGUGCUUCGGCCAUGUAUUCCUCAAUCGAGGGAUGGGGAUAUUUGGAUUCACUCUACUUCUGCUUUGUGGCCUUCAGCACCAUUGGUUUCGGGGAUAUGGUCAGCAGCCAGCGAGCCAAUUACGAAAACCAAACCGUCUACCGAAUCGGCAAUUUCUUCUUUAUUUUAAUGGGCGUUUGCUGCAUUUACUCGCUGUUCAACGUCAUCUCUAUUGUUAUCAAGCAGGUGCUUAACUGGCUCCUGAAAAAGCUCAAGAUACCAUGCCGUCACUGCCCCAGGAGGUCUCUCCGGCCCCGUAGAAACGCAGUCAUGCCGGCCCAUGUGCGAACACGUGUUCGCAACAUAUCCAUAGACACAGAUGCAGUGAACGACAGCGAGACGGAUGGACGCAGGAUGUCUGGAGAGAUGAUCUCCAUGAGAGACUUCCUGGCGGCUAAUAAGGUCAACUUGGCGAUCAUGCAGAAACAACUGUCUGAGACUGCUAACGGCCAUCCCAGGCCAUGCGGGUCAACAAAUAGGCACAAUGGAUUCUCUGGUGGGGUCGGAGCCCUGGGCAUAAUGAAUAAUAGGCUUGCGGAAACCAGUGUGGACAGAUAAAUAAAACCUUCACAAACAAAACAACACAAUGGCUUUAUGAAAAGCCAGAUUGCACUGCCCAUAGUUUAGCUAGUAUUACUUUUGUAAUACAGAUGUAGGCUCGUACAUGAAGUCUCUUGUGUGUUUUGAAUGCUAGUUGAAAUAUCCAUUGCUGCUCUGAAGGUAAAGAGAAUGGAGAACUCAAGCUCAGGUCUGUUUCUAAGAUUGAUGUGCUGGGAGAGGCUUUGCUGCACAGAGUUUCGACUCAAACGUUCUUACGA